AUGAGUCUCGCUCGUCCGGCCAAAUGUCUGUUCUGCAGCUUUUCUCGCGCUGCCUCCGCAGUAGGCCCUCGUGUGCCUCGUCGCCAAUUCCACCCCACGCCGACAUACCUGAACGACCGCAAACCGGACCUUCCCAAUGCUAAGCCGGAAGACAUAAAAACACCACGGGAUCCGAAGCGGAACACGCCGGAACAGCAAGCACCCAAGCAGAACAAGACUGCCAAUGAAGCCGGCGAGGUUGCAGUCGACGCCAAUGCCCAGGUGCCAGUUGAUACCAACGUGCAGCCGGAGGAGAAAAAAACACUUGAAGAAAUCGUACGGAAUUUGAAACCGGAGAAUUUCCAACCCUACACAGCAGAGCAAAAAGCACAUCUGGCCAAGGUGUACACGCCCGAGCAGAUCGCUGCCAUUGAGGCUGGCGAGGCAUCCAUCGACCCCAAGGACAUGGCAGAGCAGUUCGGCGUGCGUCGUGAUCCCAUGAAAUUGCUCUACGUGGACGACUUCUCGGUCGUCGAGCCCGGUGUCGACAAACACAUCCGGGCACCCGAAUCCAACUCGGAGUACAACCCACAAUUGAAGACGGAGGAGGACUUCGCGGCUGACUUCGGUCGUUUCUUCGCUGAGAUGCCGGAGAACGGGUCUGUGGGCGACUGGGUGCGAUUCGUCGAGACGCUGCGGGUGACCAAGGGCAAGGAGGAGGCUGAGUUGAAUCCGCACAGCGCGAUGGUUCCGGAUCUGUUCGGCCCGGGAGAAAGUCUGAGCGGGCAGAAGCAGCAGCAGGAGAUGAAGGAGACUGAGGAGAAAGGCAAAGAAUCUGAGGAGAUGACGGAUGCACUUAAGAGGCUCUUACAGGAUACUGGGUUUGACGCGAUGGAGAUCAGAACGUUGAGGACCAAGACGCUCGUCGCCCACUCGGUCGUCAACCAGACUCGUCUGGGUAAGGUCCGGAGACAGUACUGCUUGUCUAUUGCUGGUAAUGGAGAUGGUCUGUUGGGUAUUGGCGAAGCCAAGUCCGAAGAAGCCCCCGAUGCCGCGCUGCAGUCCAAGUACCGUGCGAUUAGAAACAUGCAACCCAUUUUGCGGUACGAGAACCGUACCAUCUUCGGUGAUGUCUUGGGUAAGGUUGGAGCUGUCGAGCUCAAGUUGAUGAACCGUGCCCCUGGAUUCGGCCUCCGCUGCCAACAUCUCAUCUUCGAAAUGUGCCGCGCCGCCGGUAUCCACGACCUCGCCGCCCGCGUCGACCGUUCGCGAAACCCGAUGAACACCGUCAAAGCCGCCUACGAAGCCCUCAUGAGCCAGCGCAACCCCGAAGACAUUGCCCGCGCACGCGGCAAGAAGCUCGUGGAUGUGCGCAAGGUGUAUUACUCGGGGAGGAUCACGAAUUAA